GCAAAGGGAAAAAAAAAAGGGGGCUGAAACCCUUUGAGGAACAGAAAAUUUUCCUUCUUUGGGCUAGGAAAUGUCUUCCUAUGGUUACCCGUACACGGGCUAUUGUAGCCAAAAUGGGGAGGGAUCCUAUAUGGGUGAUUGGAACUCUGAUCAUGUCUGCAGGCCAGUGCUCAUCGAUGCUGAAGGGAGAAAGAGGCCAAUCAUUUCUUACAACAUUCCGAACAACUGUGAGUACUAUGUUUUAAAAACUGAAGCAGUUGUUCAGGGCACUGUCGACUCAGGUUAUGACUACAAACAAAGCCUCCCAACAAGGGUUGAGCCAGCCAGGACCUAUGGAGGCGUUGCGGACGGUAAAUGGGUCAGGCCUUCUAGCCCGGUUCGUCGUUCCAUGGAAGAAAAAUUGAAUACACGGUCACCUGUUAAUGGUUUCCCACCAAAGGCCAACGAAGUCCAGGGUCACUACAAAACUAGCUAUCCAACACGGCCACUCAGGACAAAUAAUGGCUGUGCCGUGGAAUUGAAGAGCUAUAUUCCUCCGAGUCGUGUUACAUAUUCUGAACCUGUCUAUGGUGACCCGCAGAAGUUUGAUGAGUACAACGAAGAUGAGGCGUUUCCAAUGGUUGAGCCGGUUCCAACUCAUGGCAGUGUUCCAGAAGAGAAAUGGGGUAGGCCUAAACCUGGGAAGUUCAAUGAAAACCACACAGGAGAAAAAUGGCAGAGGCCUUCAAGUCCUAUUCGUGAGUAUGAACCUGACAAGGUCAAUGAGUUCCUUGACAAUGUCCAGAUUGAAGCUAGUCAGCCCAGGUUCCCACCAUCGAGGGCAAGAUAUUGGCCACAAGCACCUCAAGUUACAACGAGGUAUGGUUACGAUGGUGACUUGGGCAACAAGUCAGGGCAAAGCACAAGUGAUCCACCUAUGGUCACUACUGGUGGACGGUCUAGGCCAAGUCCAGCAACAUGGGCGUCAGCGCCAGAAGGAUCCCUCACCAAACCAACAAAUGAUAUCAACACGGCCAUGGGAUACCUCUUGGAAAGUGCAAAACCUUCUCCUCCUCCUACUUCUCGAGUUGCAAUGCCCAUCUCAACAGGAUUGAGUGCGGAUUCCUAUACCUCAACCAUUGACAGUAGAGAAGCUGCAAGGAGAUAUGGUAAUUUCAAUUUCCCUAAUAACCCAAAAAAUGAACCUUACACAAAAACCAUUGAUAGUAGGGAAGCUGCAAGGAAAUAUGGUGGCCAAAGAGUGUGAAAGUAAGAAAAAUGGGGAAAAAAAUUAAUUAGUGAUGAUGGAUCAUGCUAUAUUAAGCUGAGUUUUUAACUAAAGUGCUUCUUAAAGUUAAUAAGUUGCAUUACCAAUAUGCUUUUUCUUUUUACAUUGUCUCCCCCAAUUAAAAAAAAAAAAGAAAAAAGAAAAAGAAAAAAACCUUGUCUUGAUUGUAUUGUAGUAUUGGUAUUGUGGUAUGAGGAUGUGCCUACAAAUAUUGCUCGUGUUGUGUUACAAUAAGCUAAUGAAUCUUAU